AUGUCGGAAUCGUACAAGGAACAGCUGGACCCAGAGUCUCAAGCCCUGCUCUCUGACCAUCACCACGAUGGCCCCGCUGUCCCUCCGACCCGGCCCUCCUACCGCACCUUCCGGACUCGCCACCUCGUACUAGCCUACGCUGCUGGUAUCCUCUCCGCGGUCCUCGUCGAGCUCCUGCUCUGCUCUCACUAUACCAUUCCUUUCCUUCAAUCCUCACAGUCCCGCCCUUCAGUCGAAGCAGACUUCGCCUCCCCCGACGCGGGCUCCACCGAAGUUCACCACUUCCCGCCCACCUCCCCAACCAACGUCUUUCCCUCUCUCUUCCCAACAGAUGUCGGCCACGCCGGUCCUACGCCCACAGGAGCGGAAGCAGGCCUUGUUGCUACCGCGCCCUCUUAUCCUCUUCACACCGGCGCCCCUCAUCUCGUCUCUCCUCUGACUCUCACCAAGAAUGCAUCCAAACAGGACGCCAGCCCUUCCUUCGACAUCUUCAAGCAUUGGGGUAACCUAUCUCCAUGGUUCAGCGUAGAGCGAGGCUCCUUCGGCGUCGACUCGGGCCCUGAAGCUCCCGAUACCUGUCGCGUCACUGGUCUUCACUUGCUUCACCGACAUGGCGCUCGCUACCCAACAGAGUGGGCCUCAUACGGCGGCCCUGCCAACCUCUCCGGACGUCUUCACAACGCUGCCGCAGGGUGGAAUGCGUCCGGUCAGCUCGAAUUCAUGAACGAAUGGACGUACAAGCUCGGAGAGGAGAUCUUGACUCCUUUCGGUCGUCAGCAACUCUUCGACCUAGGUGUAUCCAUUCGUAUGAAGUACGGCUUCCUACUCAAGAAUUUCACCGAGUCGAACACAAUCCCCGUCUUCCGUACCGAAUCUCAGGACCGCAUGUUGUCUUCUGCUCUUAACUUCGCCUUGGGCUUCUUCGGUUACCCGUUCGACGGUCAGUACCAGCAGAGCAUCACCAUCGAGGACAACGGCUUCAAUAACACCCUCGCUCCCUACAAGACCUGCCCGAACGCCGGUGACCGCUCCAAGUCUGACCGUGGCGUCGAGUAUGUCAAGACAUGGACGGCUAUAUAUCUCAAGGAUGCUCUCGACCGCCUUUCUCCUCAGCUGCAUGGGUACGACCUGACCAUUGAGGAUGUAUUUACACUACAGCAGAUGUGCGCGUACGAGACUGUCGCCAUCGGUUACUCCAAGUUCUGUGAGUUGUUCACGGAGGAGGAGUGGAAGGGUUUCAACUACGCCAUGGAUCUCUUCUUUUGGUACGGUUCGGCAUUCGGCUCGCCUGUCGCUCGAGUUCAGGGUAUCGGAUACGUCCAGGAGCUCGUCUCGCGUCUUACCCAUACCCCGAUCCCUGUACACAACUCCUCUACAAACGCGACACUUGACGACAAUCCGGCCACGUUCCCUCUCGGGCAGAGCCUCUAUGUAGACGCCACCCACGAGGUCGUCGUUCUUAAUGUCAUAACCGCUUUGAAUCUGUCCAACUUUGCUGAGGGAGGACCUCUUCCUGCGGACCACAUACCCGAGCACCGCAACUUCAAAUCAUCGCAUCUUGCGCCUUUCGCGACCAACAUCCAGUUCCAGCUGCUCUCCUGCGAGUCGCAUGCCGACCCGCAAAUCCGCGUCAUCGUCAAUGACGGCGUGGUUCCGUUGACGGGCAUCCGCGGCUGUCCAGAGGACAAAGACGGCAAAUGCCCUAUACCCACCUUCGUGGACGCUCAGCGGGAGAUCAUCGCGAAGACGGACUGGAAUUGGGCAUGUCAUGGGGACUGGCAUGUCCCUCCUGGUCCCGCAUGGAACACCACUACGGGCGACGCACCGGAGCCGGGAACGGUUUAAGUUCGCCAUCGGUCGUGUGUUCUUUUUCUCGCGGUCGUAGUCAUGGCUGUGUUUGUAGAUAUACACUACAGAACUGAGCUCUAUUGGAUACAUGAUUGAGAAAAUGCC